AUGUCGCCGGACAAGGCGCUGCUGGCGCAGAAGCUGAUCGCCGCCAAGUGCAACAUCGCGGGCAAGCCGGCGGUGUGCGCGGCGCGCACGGGGGCCGAAGUGGCGGCGGCCGUGCAGGACGGGGCGGACUGCGUGCUGCUGCUGCAGGAGGCGACGGCGGAGAGCCUGCGCGAGGUGGCGGCGCUGUGCCGCGCGGCCGAGGCGGCGCUGUGGGAGCGCCAGCUGACGCACGACCUGCUGCGCGCCGCCGCCGCGCCGCCGGCCGCAGACCCCGCCACGGCCGCCGCGGCCGCCGCCGUCGUGGCGGCCCUGCUCAGCCGCGCCACCGCCAUCGUCGUGCUGACCGUGACGGGGUGGUCGGCGCGCUGCAUCGCGCGCUUCCGGCCGCACUGCGCGCUCAUCGCCGUCACCCGCAACUCGGCCGUGGCGCGCCGCCUGCACGUGCUGCGCGCCGUCCUGCCGCUGCUGUACAUGGCGCCGCCGCUCGAGGACUGGCCGCGCGACACCGACCUGCGCAUCCAGUACGCCCUCUCGUUCGGCCUCACCCAGGGCAUCGUCGGCAAGGGGGACGCCGUCGUGCUCGUCUCCGGCUGGCGGCCGGGUCCGGGGAACACCAACAAAGUGCGCAUCAUGUACGCUCCGCCCCUCAGUGAUGACAAAUAG